GAUUUGAGUAUGACUAUUUUUUUAACGUAAUGAUUUACAAAUUGUGUCUCUAUAAUGACUCUUUAAUAGACUUUAAUGCUGUAAAUAAUUCAACUCUGAAUCAGCUGCACUAUAUACCCAGAGACCCAAAAAUUACAGGUGCAAUCAGUUAAAUAAAGUACACUUAAUAUUUCACAUUUUCCGUUUAUUAAAAGCAAAAGCGACCAAAGUCAGUUAGUUGCAGUUUCAAUUAAAUUAAUUCCGCUUUUGCAAAAGUUACGUUUAGACGGUGAAACAAAUUUAACAAAAGUAAAUAUAUACAAAGAACAUUUAUGUUGUUUUCAAUAUCAAUACAUGAUUUAUGAGAAGGCAUAGAUCAUUUUGUUCAAAUACCUUGACCGUCUGACCUUAGCAACAUUUGAUAGGAAUUUAAAACAAAGUUAAAUAUGUUAUACACUUCAAAUUUGUCGACUUAAAAUAGCACCCCAAAAAAUGUGUGUCAAAAUCUAGGGUGAAACUAAAUUUAUGUCAAAUUGGCAACUGAUUUCCUGCCCUAGUAGUCCAGAUGGAAAGCGGCGAGGAGCAGCUGCAGCUCGAGCUGGAUAGGAUUUCGGAGGCGAGUCACCAGUUCAGCAGCUUCGAUGACCUCAUGGCCCUGACCACCAACUCGGAGCGCUUAAUGGCAAGGGUCAACUCGAGCCUGGACGCCCUGAACUCCGCCCUCGAUCGUCUGGAGGAGCGGACGGAUUACGUUCUCUUGGAGAUUCGGCGGAUAAUCGGAGCAGGAACGCGGCUGCAAGGUCCGCACGAUGGGUGCGGAGAUCCAGAUGCCAGGGCGUAGGCUGGCAAACCCAAUGUAAAUUGACAGGUCGUUUAAAUAUAUGCAUAAAAUGUAUUGAAAAUAUAUUAAUAUUUUUAUUUGUUUUACCGGAAAAU